CUCAGCUCACGCACUCGUCGCCGCGCCGCGAUCAUGUCUCUGCUGGCGGUUGUCUUGGUAGCGCCGGCGCUGACGCUGCACCCCGCGAGAACAGCGCUGCGGCCGCAGCCUGCGCGGGGGCCGCUGCUGCAGCCGCGGUUUGCGGCGGCCGCAGCUCGGCCGCGCGGUGCGAUUGGCGCGGCUGCAGCGGCUGCGGCGGGUGGCGUGUGGAUGCAGGAGGGGCUGGAGCGGGAGAAGAAGGCGAAGAAGGGCGGCGCGGCGGUGGUGGAGCGGCCCAAGGCCGAGCCCAAGCAGAUGAGCAAGGAGGAGAUUGCAAACGAGCCGAUGUGGCGGCUGCUGAUACACAACGAUGACGUGCACACGUGGGACUACGUCAUCUACGCGAUCGUCUCGGUCGUCAAGACGGUCACGCGGAAGAAGGCCCACCGCAUCACAACCACGGUGCAUACGAUGGGCUCUGCGACCGUCACCAUCACCUGGAAGCAGCAGGCCAAGAAGUACUGCAUGGAGCUGCAAAAGUGGGGCCUCACCUCAUCCAUCGCCCCGGAGUCGGACGGUGACAAAGGGCCCGGCGGCGGCGGCGACGGCGGCGGCGGAGGCGGCGCGUGAGGCGGGUGCGUCACUAGGACGCCCUGCCAGGUGCGCCGUGGUUCUCCACGCAGUUUCGCCGCCGCACUCACCGCCGCAUCUCCGCGCCUUAUCUCCGCUUGACGGCCAUGCCUUGGGCGGCAGCCAGCUUUCCUAGCACACAACGUGUGAGAAAUGUCCAAAUUUCACAAAAAGUGGAUGAAU